GUGAGCGGGAGCGCGGGCGCGGGCGGCGGCGCCUUGGGCGGUACGGGUGCCACCGCCGUUAGGCCGCCGCGGCUUCCUUGCCCCCAGCACCGGGCUCGGGGACGCCGCGCUGGGGAGGCCGAGGGCCUGGGCACAUCGCGUCAGACCUUCAAGUACUUUGUUUGUGCCAAAUCAUUACCACUUGCCACAUGAGUUUAAAUCAUGACGGAUGCCAAGUAUGUCCUCUGCAGAUGGAAAAAGCGAUUAUGGCCCGCAAAGGUCCUGGCCGGAACUGAAAAGUCAGCCAAAAAUAAGAGGAAAAAGGGAUUUUUUCUAAACGUUCAGAUACUCUCCCUAGACAAAAAGAUUAAGGUGAAGAGCGCGGAAGCCAAGGUCCUGAGAAAGGUGCACAUCGAAGACAUCGCCUCUUCGUUAGCCUCGCAGGACGGGGCUCCCGCUGCGCCCCUGGAGGAGCUGGCCUACCGGCGGUCACUCCGCGUGGCUCUGGAUGUCUUGAACGAAAGACAAGGGAGCUCUUCCAGGGAAGGAACGACUCCUUGGCCUCCGAGAGUGAAGCCCGUGGAACCAGCCCCCUGGCCUCACAAGCCUAGCCUUUCCCCAUCAUUCCUCGAAGACACGGUGGGCAGUCCGGGGCCCACAAGGAGGGAACACGUGUCCCAGAGGCUGUCCAGCCUCCCAGCUGGUGAGGAGGAUCUGGAGUGCAGAGUGGACCCCAAGGAGGUGCUCAGGAGAAGCGGAGGCCUGGAUGCCCCGGCUGUGUGUUCAGCCAGCGGUGGCACUCAGGACAGGGGGGCAUCCAGAAAACAGCGGGCAGAUUGGAUGACGCCCCCCAGUAAACAGGGGAGGAAUCCGGCACAGGGACCCUGCUCAGGUCAGAGAGCGGCUCCAUCCUCAGAGGGAGCCAGCCAGGAAGAUGGUGAGACAGGCGCCGGCCUGGCAGCCCUGUGCUCGCCUCCUGGAGGCAGGGACCCGAGUCCACAGGAUGGCUGUCCUGCCGAGCGCCUGGGCCUGGAUGGUGGCCAGAAGCCGAGGGCUCACAUGGGUCCCCACAGCCCUGCUCAGCUCGGCCCCGCAGAGGAGGCGGGAGACACCCGGCCACUGGAGGAAGCCCGGCCAUUGUCGGAAGAGUUUAUGGAGCCGAGCACUGUGAAUUCUCUCCUGGAGGAGGACGAGGAUGACGAGGAGCCCCCGAGAAUCCUGCUGUAUCACGAACCACGUUCAUUUGAAGUAGGGAUGCUAGUCUGGCAUAAAUACCAAAAAUACCCCUUCUGGCCGGCCGUGGUCAAGAGCGUCAGGCGGAGAGAUAAGAAGGCGAGCGUGCUCUUCAUUGAAGGGAACAUGAAUCCUAGAGGAAGAGGUAUCUCCGUGUUGCUCCGACGACUGAAGCACUUUGACUGCAAAGAAAAGCAGGCACUUUUGGAUGAGGCAAAGGAGGACUUCGCCCAGGCCAUCGGCUGGUGUGUCUCCCUCAUCACUGACUACAGGGUCCGGCUCGGCUGUGGCUCCUUCGCUGGCUCUUUCCUGGAAUACUACGCAGCUGACAUAAGCUCACCCGUCCGCAAGUCCAUCCAGCAGGACGUCCAGGGGACGAGGUUCCCCCAGCUGAGCGGGGGGAACCCCGAGGAGCCUGUGGCUGGGAGCCCACAGGGCAGGCGGCCAGCCUGCAGGAAGGUGCUGCCCGACCGCUCGCGGGCCGCCCGGGACCGGGCCAACCAGAAGCUGGUAGAGUACAUUGUGAAGGCACGGGGUGCUGAGAGCCACCUGCGGGCCAUCCUGAGGAACAGAAAGCCGUCCCGGUGGCUGAAGACCUUCUUGAGCUCUGGCCAGUACAUGACCUGCGUGGAAACCUACCUGGAGGACGAGGAGCAGUUGGACCUGGUGGUCAAGUACCUGCAGGGCGUGUACAAGCAGGCAGGGUGCCAGCUGCUGGCACGCGGGCACGGAGACGGCAUCCGCUUCAUCCUGGACGUGCUACUGCCUGAGGCCAUCAUCUGCGCGAUCUCAGCGGUAGACGCGGUGGACUACAAGACGGCCGAGGAGAAGUACAUCCGAGGACCGGCACUGAGCUCCCGGGAAAAAGAAAUAUUUGAUAACCAGCUCCUAGAAGAACGGAAUCGGCGAUGCUGAAGCAGGUGGUGGCAGUGCUGCAUGCCUGCGCUCUGGGGGCUGGGCCGGCCGUUUGCCUCCUUCUGUCUGUGGGUUCUAUUUUCCUGGCUCUUGUGGAAGGUAUACUUCCCAACAGACUUUUAAAGAACAGAAAUGCAUUAUUAUUAUUUUUUUUUUUAACUUCACGUCGUUACCUGUGACUGUACCAUGUAGGUUUAUAGAAGGUGCACAUUUGUUUUUUAUGUUAAAAAACAUUGUAUCUGACAUUCAACAGGAGUUUUAAAGACAUACAAGUGUGCUGCUCCCGGCACGUCAGUGUGUUUCUCCGUUUGUUUCCCUCCUCUGUGCGGUUCCUCUCACACUGGCUCCUGAGUUUGCUGUGCCUCUGUUCUGUGUUUUUGAGAAAACCCAGUGUUUGUGAGAGGCAGACCAGAGACCUGCUGCUGUCCGCACUCUCCCCUCUGCUGGCACUCGGGCAGGUGAGAGGCAGACCUUGAACCUCUCCGGCCACUUUCUCCUUGGUCCCUCUGCGGGUUUCUCCACCCAGCCCACUUCUGGGCCAGUGUGACAAUCCCUAGUGGUCAUCGCUCCCAUCCGGCCUGGCCAAGGUCACUCUGUGUUUGGCCUGGGCUGUGGGGUCAUGGCCUGGCACCUGCGGAAACCAUCCCUUUGUCCUAAAGCCAGAGCAUGGACAGGUGCCCUGCCGCCCGAGGGUCCCAGGCUAGGGGCCCCCACUUUGGAGACAGUUGCCUGAAGGCUGGGUCCUCAGUGCGGUCACAGAAAUUCUGUACACCGCAGAUUAUUUAUUCUAAGCUGAUGCGGAGCUGCUUGUAGAAGGAGACAGCCAGGUCCCCACUGUGAUGGCUGCACCACAAAGUCUGAGCCCGGCCAGUGGGGAAGGGUGGUUGUGGGGGUUGGGGGAGUGGAGGGGUGAAGGAGUAGGCACUGGCCGGAGUGGGGUGGUCCAGGAGGAAGCAGGUACAGCCAUCACUGCAGGCACCGGGCACCGGCAUGUGACCUCUCUGCUGGUUUUGCAUGACCCUGAGCAGAGGUGCAGCCGCUGGCCCGAGGUCCGGCUGAGCCACCCUCCAAGGACACCCCAGGGGUGUCCUGGCUGGGCUGGCUUGGAAGGACUCACCCGCUUUUGGAAGGUCCUUUGACACUGAGCCUUCUUGAAGCGGGUCAGGGUGAGAGCAGUACGCUCUUGUGGGCAGGGGACCACAUGAACUAUUCCGUUACCGUCGGUUAUUUUUAUAUAUCUGUGUUCUGAGCUCUGCUUUUGAGCUUUGCUUGUGGAACUGAACUAUUGAGACUGGAAUUAAAGGCCAUUUUGCA